AUGUAUGAUGUUGGUGCGAAAAAAGGAACAGAUACGCAACAGAUAGCGAAACUGGGUGCGGAAGGCGAAGUGGUGGUUGAACCGGAUGACCGGCAGGGUGACCAGCCGGUUGUCCCUGGUGGCUGUUCUUCGCCUGAAAUUCGCUUCCCUGCACAUACUAGUCUAGGAUGGGAUCCCAUUGUAGGCACUGUUGUUCCACCCGAUGAAUUUUGGGAUAAGGCUACCAGAAAUGUAAAGAAGUUUAGGACAAAAAUAUUUGAGUAUUUCCAACAAAUGGCGGAAAUUAUUGAAAAUUGUUGUGCCACAGGGGCCUUGUCUCGUGCAUCCACACAAGGAGCCCUUGACUCAGAUGAAGAAGAUGAAAUGCUAAAUAAAUUUUGGAACCCUGAAGUUGGUGGGAGUAAUGCUGCUGAAGCCAUUCCUGUUAACUUAUUCAGCGAUGAGUACAUGGAUCUAGAGAAGGGCAAAAGUUACAAGAGGGGCCCUACAAGCAGCCAGACUGACAGUGGUCGUUCAAAAAAGUCACGGUCAAGUGGGUUCGAUGAUGUGUGCACAGCUUUCACAUCCUACGUACAGGCAAAAACAGAACAUUCACAUACACGAGAAAAUGAGACAGAGGCUGUAAGUGCAGGUAGUGAUAAGUAUUCCCUUGAUGCAUGUCAAGAUGCAUUGCUAGAGCUUGGGGACAUACAACCGGUGUAG